UCCGCACGAGCUGGGCGCGGCCCUGAGCGGCUGCAGUGGCACGCGUGGCCGGCAGUUAGCGGGUCUGUGGUUUGCUCCCUGCCAACUCCUAGGAGCUGCUUCGAGGCUGCGCGCCUCCAUUCUCUUUAUGGCCUGUUGAAUGAGUGGCUAUGAGCUGGCUUGCGGGAGUACCGCGAACCAGCCAGAGCGUGGGCGCCCUGGGAGCCAGUUGCUUUCGCCCGAGGAUGGCUCUUCGUCCGCGCCUGGCGCCACGCAACCUGCUCUGGGGCGGCUGGCCCUUCCCUCCUGUUUCCAAGAUGGCAACCGUGAAGAGUGAACUUAUUCAGAAUUUCACUUCAGAGGAGGCCGUUCAGCACAAUAAGAUCUCCAUUGUGGGAGCUGGAUCGGUUGGUACGGCCUGUGCUAUCAGCAUCUUAUUAAAAGGUUUGAGCGAUGAACUUGCCAUUGUGGAUACUAAUGAAGGCAAACUGAAGGGUGAGACAAUGGAUCUUCAACAUGGCAGCCCUCUUAUGAAAAUGCCAAAUAUUGUCAGCAGCAAAGAUUAUCGUGUCACUGCAAACUCCAAUUUAGUGAUUAUCACAGGAGGUGCACGCCAGAUAAAAGGAGAAACACGCCUCGAUUUAGUCCAGCGAAAUGUGUCCAUCUUUAAAGUAAUGAUUCCCUCUAUUAUAGAACACAGUCCCCACUGCAAAAUGAUUAUUGUUACCAAUCCAGUGGAUAUCUUAACUUAUGUAGCCUGGAAAUUGAGUGCAGUUCCCAAAAACCGUGUUAUUGGAAGUGGCUGUAAUCUGGACACUGCCCGUUUCCGUUACUUUAUUGGGCAAAAGCUUGGUAUCCACUCUGAGAGCUGUCAUGGGCUGGUCCUUGGAGAGCAUGGAGACUCAAGUGUUCCUGUAUGGAGUGGAGUGAACAUUGCUGGUCUCCGUCUGAAGGAUCUGAACUCCGCUAUAGGAACUGAUAAAGAUCCUGAGCAGUGGGAAGAUGUCCACAAAAGAGUGGUUUCCAGUGGCUAUGAGAUGCUUAAAAUGAAAGGUUAUACUUCUUGGGGCGUCAGCCAAUCUGUAACUGAUAUAACAGAAAGUAUUGUGAAGAAUCUUAGGAGAGUGCAUCCAGUUUCUACCCUAAGUAAGGGCCUCUAUGGAAUAAAGGAAGAAAUAUUCUUUAGUAUUCCAUGUAUCUUGGGAGAAAAUGGUGUCACAGACCUUAUAAAGUUAAAGCUGACCCCUGAAGAGGAGGCCCGUUUGCGAAAGAGUGCAGACACACUUUGGAACAUUCAGAAGCAGAUCAAGCUUUAAAGUUCUAUACCAUCCGGAAGCUAUCUAAGAAAAUAGUAGUUAUGGAAUUGUAUGUGUCAAACUUUUGAAUAAAUUUGAAUUUCUGAAACCUGUAAAAAGGAAAAGGG